GAAGAAAAAAGCCCUUGUAUAUUAUUGUAUAGUCACCGAUUAGCUCUACCUUUGCUUUUUAUGUGUAUGCAUACCUCUUGUUAAUUUAUAUUUAUAUUUGUUUAUACCUCCCUGUCACUCUUGCCCUUAUUAUUCUCGAGAUGAACGCAAACGCACCUAGCUUUGUUCCUUCAAAUAGUCACAGAAACAACAACAACAACAACAACAACAACAAUAGCAGUAAUCAUAACGGUAGCAGAAGGAAGCGUCAUCAAAAAAGAAACAGAUCUACCAACAACAAUAACAAUAAUGACAUUGAAGAGCAGCUAGACCUUGUUCAAAUAGCUCAACAGACAGGUGGCACUACAGAUAGAAAAGGAAGAGUCUCAUUAAACCACUUGCUCAACUUUUCAUUCCCUCAAAGACAACGACCUCAACCUAUCAUCCGACGACAAAAGAUUACAAGUUACCAGCCCUAUAAUAAAGAGAGAUUUGUGAAUGCAAACUUUCGAUUUAUGCUUAAUCCUUUUGGAGACUACAAUUAUCAACUGGCAGACCCUGACAUCAACUUUGAUUGGGAUGCGGUCGAGCAAGUGAUCAUUUCUUCGAACGAGGUUCAAGCCUGUCCUAUCUGCUUAUCAAUGCCUACUGCGGCUCGUGUUACAAGAUGCGGACAUGUAUUCUGUUUACCUUGUGUCUUACACUAUCUCGAACUACGCGAAAACCCAAAGAGGCUGUGGCGAAAAUGUCCUAUCUGUUGGGAUUCUAUCUAUGAGACAGAUAUUAAGGCAGUCAAGAUUAUCGAAAGCCGACCUAUCAAAGAAGGCGAUAUCAUCACGCUGAGUCUCAUACAGCGACCGAACCAUUCGACCUUGGCUUUUCCAAUUUCUGAUACUUGGCCAUUACCAGAAAAUGUCAUUUCCAAUUACAUAAAGCCAGAUGAACCACUUAUCCCUUGGAAUAGUACGCCAUCUGCUGCACUGUUUGCUCGAUUCAUGCUAGCAAGUCCAGAUUAUCUUGUUGCCGAGUAUGAAAGAGAUAGUAGAGAGCUGGAUGAUGCCAUGUCAGAUGCUAUCGGCUGGGGAUCAGUCGAUGAAGUGCCAUUCAUUGAAAAAAGUAAAAAGAUGGUACACGAUCACAUCAAGCGAAUUCGUCAUCAGAAGACAAAGGAAUUGGAUCUGGUACAAAGUACAUUGGAUAUGAUGUAUGAAGCAGUCGCAAAAUACCACAAGAAACACGCCAAGGCAGCUGAAGGCAUAGAAAGCCAUUCAUCACCUGAAGAAGAAAACUCAAUUCCUGAAGCUUACAGGCAACACCAUUCACAACAAGGUGAAAAGCCAUUGGCCAAAGUGCAGAACAGCACAGCCAAUGACUAUUACUUUUAUCAAGCCAAAGACGGUCAACAUGUUUAUUUGCAUCCGUUAGACAUUCGAAUUUUAAAGCACGAAUUUGGAGAUUAUCAUCAAUUUCCUCAUGAAUUAGAGGUGCAAAUAACCAACGUACAAGAAUCUACCUUGGACGAAGAUUUGCGCAAAAAGUGUAAAUAUUUGAGUCAUUUACCUUUGGGUUGCGAUGUGACCUUUUUGGAAAUUAACAUCAAGGACAUUGUCUCUGAAGAUACUUUCCAAGUAUUCAACAAUGAAUUAAAUGCUCGUUUCAGAAGGAGAAAGGAAAAGGAGCAACGAGAGGAUAAGGAAAGAGAGUAUGCAGAAAAUAAAUCAAGACUGCAGGCAGUAAAGGAACAGGAAGAUGAACGUAGAAGGAUGGAGAGCGACCCUUUCUUUUCAAUGUACAGACAACCUGACGAUGAAGAAGAGCAGCUUGCCCAAGCCAUGUCUGAAUCUUUGGCAAUAGCUGGCCAUCACCAUGACGACGAGGACGAUGGUCCACGUACAGUGUGGGGGACACGUAUGGUAGCCAAUCCAGAAGAGGAACACUAUAUGGACCAUCACGAUUGGGCUGAUCAUAUUGUCAUCACCAAGAGUAAGCGAAAAGGGCGCUCAAAAAAGCGAUAAAGAUAAAAAUAAAUGGUAGUCGCUUGUUGAAUUGUCGCAUGAAAUUAAAUCCCAUAAGCCACUUGUGCCGUAGCGUAGUUUUCACAGCUUUCUUUUUUCUUUUAUAUA